AUGUCGCCUCUAAACCGAGAGGAUGAAACUGUUGCAACCAACAAUCAAGAGCAGGCUAAUCUCCUGGCAAACUACUUUACUGCCAAGAUGCCUGACCUGUUGGCUCCACCUCUCACGCGCCUCUUCCAACUCUGCCUGGCUCAAGGAAGGUGGCCCUCGUUGUGGAAGAAGGCAGUUGUUUUCCAGUACACAAAGAGAAGAGGCUGCAAUGAUGAAAUUGACAUCUUGGUAAUGAAGUUCGACUCUUCAAUGACAAUGAAGAGUCACGUGGUUAACCUAGCUCAAAAGAGAGCCAGGAAACUUACAGUCCUUCUGCGCAUCUCACACUUACACAGCAAGGGAUGCAAAACAUUAUAUGAAUCACAAGUUCGCUCCCAUCUAGGACGCAGCCCCUCAGACGCAGCCCCACAGACACAGCCCCUCAGACGCAGCCCCACAGACGCAGACCCUCAGACGCAGCCCCUCAGACGCAGACCCUCAGACGCAGACCCUCAGACGCAGACCCUCAGACGCAGACCCUCAGACGCAGCCCCUCAGACGCAGCCCCUCAGACGCAGCCCCUCAGACGCAGACCCUCAGACGCAGACCCUCAGACGCAGCCCCUCAGACGCAGACCCUCAGACGCAGACCCUCAGACGCAGACCCUCAGACGCAGACCCUCAGACGCAGCCCCUCAGACGCAGACCCUCAGACGCAGACCCUCAGACGCAGCCCCUCAGACGCAGCCCCUCAGACGCAGCCCCUCUGACGCAGACCCUCAGACGCAGCCCCUCAGACGCAGCCCCUCAGACGCAGCCCCUCAGACGCGCACCCUCAGACGCAGCCCCUCAGACGCAGCCCCUCAGACGCAGCCCCUCAGACGCAGACCCUCAGACGCAGCCCCUCAGACGCAGCCCCUCAGACGCAGCCCCUCAGACGCAGACCCUCAGACGCAGACCCUCAGACGCAGCCCCUCAGACGCAGACCCUCAGACGCAGACCCUCAGACGCAGACCCUCAGACGCAGACCCUCAGACGCAGCCCCUCAGACGCAGCCCCUCAGACGCAGACCCUCAGACGCAGACCCUCAGACGCAGACCCUCAGACGCAGCCCCUCAGACGCAGCCCCUCAGACGCAGACCCUCAGACGCAGCCCCUCAGACGCAGCCCCUCAGACGCAGCCCCUCAGACGCAGACCCUCAGACGCAGACCCUCAGACGCAGCCCCUCAGACGCAGACCCUCAGACGCAGACCCUCAGACGCAGACCCUCAGACGCAGACCCUCAGACGCAGACCCUCAGACGCAGCCCCUCAGACGCAGCCCCUCAGACGCAGACCCUCAGACGCAGACCCUCAGACGCAGACCCUCAGACGCAGCCCCUCAGACGCAGCCCCUCAGACGCAGACCCUCAGACGCAGCCCCUCAGACGCAGCCCCUCAGACGCAGCCCCUCAGACGCAGACCCUCAGACGCAGACCCUCAGACGCAGCCCCUCAGACGCAGACCCUCAGACGCAGACCCUCAGACUAAUUAUUACUAA